AUGGUCCUUGCCAGUGAGUUGGGGAAGUCCAUGCAGCUGAAUUCCACCGAUAUGACAUUUUAUAUGGGGCUACCUGCUUUUCUCAUAUUGUUGGUGCCCAGUUUCACGCUGUCCCAUCCCAGCUGGCCGGGGCAGCCGUCCAUGACGGAUUUCGAGGUGCACUGCAAGGUCUACGACCUUGCUCCGGGGGUGCUCGGUUUGGGGCUGCUCCUGGGCGUCUUCGCAAGUGCGUACAACGUGACGCAGUACUCUAUGGUCCAAUCUCUGUCAGCAACUUACACGACUUUCGCCGGCAAUUUCAACAAGGCCACAGCCAUCGUAAUCUCUUUAGCUGUCGGCUUGGAAGAGCUUCCAGCUGGAGUUUGGGGAUUUGUAAUGCUUCUGGCUACACUGGGAAACAUCGGAUCGUUCACGGCGUAUAGCAUGCUCCAGCUGAAGAAGUGA